GGCGCGGAGAUUCACGCAGCGCCAUGCGGGACUACGAGGAGGUGACCGCCUUCCUGGGCGAGUGGGGCCGCUUCCAGCGCCUCGUUUUCUUCCUGCUCAGCGCCAGCAUCAUCCCCAACGGCUUCAACGGGCUCUCCAUCGUCUUCCUGGCCGGUACCCCCGAGCACCGCUGCGCUGUGCCGCCCGGAGCCAACCUGAGCGAGGAGUGGCGGAACGCCAGCAUCCCGCUGGAGCUGCGCGGCGGAGUGACGGAGCCGAGCCGCUGCAGCCGCUACCGCCUGGACGUGCUCGUCAACCUGUCGGCGCUGGGGCUGCGGCCCGGCAUCGACGUGCAGCUGGCGGAGCUGGAGCAGGAGCCGUGCCUGGACGGCUGGGAGUACAGCCGCGACGUGUACCGCUCCACCAUCGUCACCGAGUGGAAUCUCGUGUGUGACAAUGACUGGAAGGGGCCCAUGAGUACCUCCCUGUUUUUUGUGGGCGUGCUGCUCGGAUCGUUCAUCUCAGGACAGCUCUCAGACAAGUUUGGCAGGAAGAAUGUGCUGUUCUCAACUCUGGCAAUGCAGACCAUCUUCAGCUUCGUUCAGAUCUUCUCUACCAGCUGGGAGAUGUUCUCCGUGUUCUUUUUGCUGGUUGGCAUGGGGCAGAUCUCAAACUACGUGGCAGCGUUUGUUCUCGGCACAGAAAUUCUUGGCAAAUCCAUUCGCCUACUGUUCUGCACGUUGGGCGUUUGCAUCUUUUAUGCCUUUGGCUACAUGUUGCUGCCACUGUUUGCCUAUUUCAUCAGAGACUGGAGGAUGCUGCUGCUGGCACUUACUUUACCUGGGCUGCUCUUCAUCCCACUGUGGUGGAUCAUUCCAGAAUCUCCACGGUGGCUGAUCUCUCGGGGAAGAUUUCAAGAAGCAGAAGACAUCAUCAGAAAGGCUGCAAAAAUUAACGAGGUUACAGCCCCAGAUGUAAUCUUUGACCCUAGUGAGCUGCAAGAUUUGACUUCCCAGGGGCAACAGACAUACACCAUUUUGGAUCUAAUGAGAACACGAAAUAUCCUCACUAUCACGAUUAUGUCAGUGAUUCUGUGGAUGAUAAUCUCCGUUGGUUAUUUUGGACUUUCUCUUGACACACCCAACUUGCACGGAGACGUCUAUGUGAACUGCUUCCUCUCAGCAGUGAUUGAGGUUCCAGCCUACAUUAUCUCCUGGCUGCUGCUUCGAAAUCUCCCCCGACGGUAUUCAAUGGCUGCUGCGUUAUUCUUGGGAGGCUGUGUUCUUCUCUUCAUUCAGCUGGUGCCUUCACAUAUUCGUGCCCUAUCUAUUCUCCUGGUGAUGUUAGGGAAGUUUGGGAUCACAUCUGCCUUUUCAAUGGUUUAUGUUUACACGGCUGAGCUCUACCCAACGGUGGUGAGAAACAUGGGAGUUGGAGCAAGUUCCAUGGCCUCUAGGCUUGGCAGCAUCCUCUCGCCUUACUUUGCUUAUCUUGGUGCCUACGACAGAUUCCUGCCUUACAUCCUGAUGGGGAGCCUGACUGUGCUAUCAGGAAUUCUGACUCUGUUCCUGCCAGAAAGCUAUGGAAUGCCUCUUCCUGACACAAUUGAGCAAAUGCUGCUGGUAAAAGGACUAGAAUACAGGCCUGCAUCUACUGCCAAAAGGAAUUCAAAGGAUGAAGAAGAAAAUCCAGAGAUUUUUAAGAGCACAUCUUUUUAAUGAAAUGCCUACUUCCUGAUGGACUGAAAGUUAAAUGGAUUUGCUCCUAAUGCUCAUUCUAGAAAGGGCUAGUGGCAACACUUCUUCCUGCAAUUUUAACCUUAUUUAUUAAUUUAAACACUGUGUUCCAUAUAUUCUCUUUUUAUAUGACCACAAAUACUGUGUAGCCUUCACUGAUUUUUUUCAGCCAGUUGUUUUAAUGCAUUAAUACCAAGGAACAGUAUCUGAUCAGACCUUUGGAAGUAAGUGUACAGGUGAGCUGAACAAUACUUGAAAGUGAGUUCAAGGGCUGGGGAGCACCUGGACUCCACAGCAAGUCUUCUUCAGAGCUAAUGCCCAUCAAGAAUUUAGAAACACUAGAAAAAAGCUGCUAAUUACUUUUGAUUUCUUGACUUCUGUCUUUGGACAGGAAACUUAUUUAUUAGAGUGAAGGUUAUGCAAAUAUGCCACUGUGAUCUUAUGUGAAUUUGCAUGUGCUGAGUUUGCUAGCAGGUUCAGAAAGAUGCAAAGAAAGAUUUUUUUGAGAAUGAAUUCUAACUUGGUGUGUUGUGUGUAGGCUGAAAGGGUGGUCUUGCACAGGACACAGCGUUGAGGUUCUGCUGACAGGGUCCUCUCGAAUCCAAUGCUGGAUUUCAGCUACAACUUCCUGAUGACGUUGUUUACAUCUGACACUGGAACAUGGCCCACUUAAGGCUGUAUUUAUUUAGAAUGAUGCAGAAGGUUUUGUCUGUGUGUGGAGAGGGUGAUUGCAGAAAAUUUUGGUGACUGCUGAAAAUUUUCUUUCUGAAUUGUUUCGGUUUUUAAACCAUAGUCUGUGCGAUGUGGAUGGCAAAAGCAAUUCUGCUGUCUUAGUUUCUGACCUUUCUGUACACACACACAUACACAUGCACAUACUAUCAGUAAUCCAUGCCCCUGCCUUGACCUCGUGGUGAGAAUUCCCGAGAUCAACAUUUACAAUGCACUUAUGACCACUGGAUUUUGAUUCUCGGCUGCCAACUGUACGUCUGCUGCGAGGUCUGUUAUUUCACUUCACUCCUGUUAGUUGUUAACGUGAAUUGUGUUAAGAUUAUUUUUUAAAAAAUCAUGUUGAAAAUCUGCUGAGGCUGUUCCUUGGAUCACAGCAGCACCCUUGCCAUCGCCCGUGUCUAUUUAAAUAUGUGCAGACACGUGAUCUCGUUUGUGCCAUUCUGGUCUUGCACUGCAUUCCAGUGUGACAGAUGUGCGUGGUGAAAGCAUUCAUCCUGUAGCACUUGUUUGUGUGUUGUCCUGUCUUGUAGAGGCUGAAUGAGCAGAACCCAAAUUGCUCUGCUCGGGGCUGGUGGGGCCUUGCUGGCUGCUGGCUCUGGGGCAUUGUGCAGCUCUGUGCUAACAUCAGCUGCUCCGAGGCUUUUGUUAACCAAAGCCCUGUACCCGUCCUUGCCAACUAUGCUUUCUUAAGCUGUAGGGUUUCACUGCUUUCUCUGCAUCUUCUCACCUACGUGCUCGGUGCUCUGACAGGCUGAUGGUAGCAGGCCCAGAUGAUAGGGGGAAACUCACUGUUGUCAUUGUCAGCUCCUCUGGGAAGAGAAAUCCCAAAGCUUUGGCAGGUUCCACGUCACUUCUGGUUGAUAGAAGGCCAUCGGCUGGUGGGUUUAAAAUGCACCCUGUGCUUUGAAAGUGGAGCAUAAGUUGAGAAUCUGCAUUUUGCAACUUCACUGCCCAUCGUGUGACAGCCUUGAUGUGUGCAAGUAAACUUCAGGAAAGUGCAUGAAAGCAGGCAGGCUGCUGCAUGGUGGUGGGACACAUUCCCCACCUUUUCCAGAAUACUCAUUGCAACUGUAAGAAUGUGCUCUAAAAGUCAGCACGAAUAAUUGUCUUUGUAUGCCAUGUCUCUGUUAGGCUUACAGGAACUGGGACGUUGAGAAGCAGGUUUUUGUGCUGCAGACGAAGCCUCGCCACAGGAAUUUGAGGCAAAACAUUCAGCUGCAACUUCCUUGUCGUGAAUUUGCCAAUGUAAACAGCUCUGCCCCAUGAAUCUUUUCCUGUAAACUGUUUCAGAAGAUAGCCUGAAAUGUAAGAUACGUGCCUGCCUGAAACGUGACCUGUCGUGGAAAUUCCUGCUGAAGCCCAUCCAAUGUCUCAUUUAGCUGUUAUCUUUAAUCUGCUAUUUCACUCAGGUUAUGCAUCUGCAUGUGCCUCGACAGCGGGCUUUUGUUCUUGAUGAUUCUAAUGUUUAUUAAGUGCUUGUUUUGGAUUUUUAAUAUGAUUAAAUUGGGGGAAUUUCCUGGUCAUGACUAAUCCUACUACAAUGACAAGUCUGUGACACAAGUUAUAUUUUCUUCCUUGCUAAUCUCCUUAAAAUCUAAAAGUGAGUCAGAAGCAAUCUAUUUAAUAUGGCAUCCUGUGUUCCUUUGUUUACUUUCCUCUCCUACCCUAAUCCUUGAGCUUAUCUCUGCAACAGGGAACUUCUUUUGAUGUGAAGUCAGAAUGCAGCUGCUAAGUACUUCCAAAAGAACCCCAGGGGAUGUUUUAAUAGCAUCACCAGGCAGGGGUUUCGAUCUGGGCAAGGAGGAUAUGAGGGUGGAGGGUCUGACCCAGCUGGAAGGAUGAUGUCAGUGCUGGCAGCAGGUCAGAUCUGCACCAAUCGGGCCGUGGGUGCCUUCUGUAUCAAAUGGGGGAGUUUAGUGCAUAGGGUCAGGUUGCACCUGGUUGAUGAAUGUGCUGCUCAGUAGUGCAGAAUCUGUUCUGCCGCCCCUUGUGGAAGGCCUUGUUUUCCUGAGGGCUGUCCUGUUAUCCUCCAAAAAGUGAGGAGUGAUGCUUUGUAAGGGGUUGGGCAGAAUUUGCCUCUGAAAGAGGUAAAACCAGGGGUGCGGUCACUGCACGGGAGGGUGAUACAGAGUUUGGCUUUCAGGUGAACUGUAACCUGUGAAUGCAGGAGGGCUGUGAUGCCCUUAUCGUGCGUUACAACCACUGAGAUCUCUGGUCAGGGAACAUUGCUGCACGCUGCAGGAUCUCUAGUGAGGAAAACAGCAUUAAGGCCUUGGCUUGGAAACUGGGUUCCCUUCAUUCCCAGCCCUUUGAUUCCUUUCAUCUCCCUGGGAGAGAUGCACAGCCCCGUGACUUUGGUUUCUUUGCUUGCAAGUGGGAAUAUCGUUAGCUCAGAAAGUAUCACAGUUUCUUCAGACUGAUGUUCACACUCAGCAGUGUGUGAUUCUCUGGCACCACUCUCCUGGCUCUGGAUAUUGUGCUCUCAAGAACGUCUUUUAAUGGUUCAUCUUUCGGAAGCAGGCAGCUUGGGAUGGCUGCUGACAGCCUGGCUGAGGAGAAGCAUCACUUCAGCAUUAAUUUUCUCUAUGCACUUAAGUAUGUUGUAAAAGUGUUGUUCUUCCAGGGGACUUUCCUUUUGAGAGAUGAUGAUACUGUACUGCUGAUCUCGUGGAACUUGAGAUGAACAUGAGUUAUCCCCACCUCUGUUUACAGCUGCUUGUGUUUCAUGGCCUCACCCACAGGGGUUCAUUUAUCUCCCUGGGGACCGUGAGCACAACAAGCACCUGAGGAAGUGGUUGGGACUGUCUCUGCGAUUACAUUUGUAUUUCAGUAUAUGUAGAGUAGGACCUUAACUUGUAAAGCCUUUGCUUAAAGCACAGAAUCAGCUUAGGCAGCAUAACGCGAUGCUCAUACGUGCCUUUGGGGUGCUUCGACCUGCUGGUAAUGGCCACAGCCUUGUAUAUAGAAACGUAUGGAAACUUCUUCUGAGAAUGUAAAUACUCUUAACUAAAUUGAUUCUUACCCCCUGUUGUUGUUGUUGUUGUUGUGUUGUUUUUAUAGAAAAAUGCUUAUUGUUUUUAAAAUUCUGAAUAAAAUCAUAUCUGGGAUUCUCAUUCAAA